GUCAUGGGAGCCGGGAGCUGCGUCACGCAGCGGGUGCCGCCAUCUUUCAGUCGAAGACAUGGGGCAGUGCGGGUUGAUCUCCUCUAAGACCGUGUUGGUCUUUCUGAACCUAAUUUUCUGGGCUGCUGCAGGCAUCUUAUGCUACGUUGGAGCCUAUGUCUUCAUCACGUACGAUGAUUACAGUCACUUUUUCGAAGAUGUAUAUACCUUAUUUCUUGGAGUCACUAUCAUAGCUGUCGGGGGGCUGUUAUUCAUCAUUGGCUUGAUUGGUUGUUGUGCCACGAUUAGAGAAAGCCGGUGCGGAUUGGUGACGUUCGUCAUGAUCCUGCUGCUGGUCUUCGUGACUGAAGUUGUUGUGGUUGUUUUUGGCUACAUCUACAGAGCCAAGGUGAAUGAUGAGGUUAAUAAGAGCAUUACCACUGUGUUCAACGACUAUAAUAGUUCUUCACCUGAUUCUACCAGCCGUGCAAUUGACUACAUCCAGAGACAGCUUCAUUGCUGUGGAAUCCAUAACUAUUCAGACUGGGAGAAGACGCCAUGGUUUAUUGAAACCAAGAACAACAGUGUCCCUUUGAGCUGCUGCAAAAUCAGUGCCUUCAACUGCACUGGCAGCAUGAACACACCCGGAGACUUGUAUUCUGAGGGCUGUGAGGCACUGGUUGUUGAGAUGUUAAAAGACAUAAUGAUGUAUGUAAUUUGGGCAGCACUGGCAUUUGCUGCUAUUCAGCUUAUGGGCAUGCUGUGUGCCUGCAUUGUGCUGUGCAGAAGGACUCAGGAUCCAGCUUACGAACUUCUGAUAACUGGUGGCACCUAUGCUUAGGAAAGCCUUCUUUAUCUUUGUACUCUGGCUACGCUUAAGACCCAGAAAACCUUCUUUAUCCUUCUUUUGUCCAUUGGAUCUUCCCACCCUCCUUCUCUAAGGGACAGCGUAUCCAGACAAGGCCUCUCCUUGUCUAUUUAGACAACAUAUUGAUAUCAGUCAGUGUGUCAUCCCUGCCCUGGACUCUUACCUCUACCCUCAUCACUUCAGUAAACUUUUUUUCCUGCAUGUUUUUUUUUGUUUAUUUUAGUGUUGAUUCAUAAGUAUUAUCACUAGUGACUGAUUUUAGUAGUAUAAUGGCAAGGUAACGCAGCAUUGUGGCUACAUUAUUGCUCUGUGCCCGUUCCUAACAGACAUUGUGAAACAAGGUGCAGAGCGAUGCCUUAAGAAACUGCUGCUGUGGUCAGUGUGGUCACCUGUUGCUCUUCCGCAUUAAUAUCCUAAACCUUUUUCACCUUCAUAUCGAACGAGGGCUGCCCCAGCAGGCAAGACCCUCUGAAAAAGACCUGGCUUGGUUACCAGAAAGGUAUAACCGUUUAAAACUUCUGCUUAGUUUUGGUUGUCAGACCCAAAGAACAAAACAUGUAUAGACCUGAUAGAAGCCCACAAUUAAUGAUCUGAGAUAAUAAAAUUCAGUUAAGGUCUUCUCAGCCAUGAUUUCGUUAUACUCAAGGCUCUUUUGUAAUGACUGUUUAAGAUAUGCACAAAGUGCAGAAGACUUUUCAUAGAAGUCACCCGUUCUGUGAGUUUCCCUUAAGGUCUCUGUUAUCGUGGGAAGCAUGCAUCUCUCUACCAGGAACCAUUCCCAAAAAGUAUAUUUAACAGUCUCCAAAGGUGUAAAAAUAUGUACAAUAUAUAAACUGUUACUUUAUAACAGAUGUGAAAAAAGGCAUUUAAUUACUUUGACAACUAGUAUAUUGAACUGUAAUGCUAAGAAGGCAGCUCUAUACAUUGGCAUCAUUUUACAGCCCGCUCCUUGGUAGCUGUGUUGAACCAUACAGAGUGUGGAAGUUCUGCAAGUGAGGUGAAGUUUUCUCUAAAAUCCUGAUCCAAAAAGUUUUUCUUUUGUGAAGAGCUUGAAACUCAAGGAACACCUUUGAAGAAUGUCUUAUAGACUACUGUUCUUAACCUAGAAGAAAUCCUUUUGUUUUGUUUUUUCUUUCAUGUUUAUUAGCACUUUAUAUGAAGCAAAACACUAGCACCGUAGAUUUAUCUGGAUUAAUAAUGUUUCUGUGCAAAACAGCACAUUAUUAUGUGACUGGAACUGACCUGUAAAUAGUGAUUCAAUAAAAAUCUACAUGAACCUGA